GGAUGUUAGUCCAGAAAUGCGAGCUGCGCGCGCGCCCGUCUCGGACGGUUGUUCCUAAUUUGAAACAGUUCAGAAUUCGAAAAUGUAGUCGAUGUUUUCAAUGUGUUUGUUUGUGUGCGUUUAAAGCUGUUUUUGUGAUUAAGUGUAGGUUUUGGAUGAAUACUAUGGACAGAUCUACGCUUCUGUGUCUACGAGAAAUUUCACCGGAGAAAAAUAUGUUUGGAUGGUGUCCAAGUGAUAUUAGAGUUAUAGAAAUAGAUUGGUAUUCUUGUACAAUGUCGGUUUAGAAACCAAAAUUAACAUCAAUGUUUCCGAACUGUGCGAGGGAGACGGGGAAUGUGAUUCGGACGUCGAAUUUGCGUUUCGAAAAUGGCGCGGGAUGCGAAUUUUUGUGUUCUUGUGAUUGUGUUUGUGAUACUGACAUUGAUACGAUCGAGCCUCGAAAGCUUGGGUUCGCAUGUGAUACAAGUGUGGUCGGCGCCGGGCAGCGCGACGCAACUGCCGUGCGACCUCGCUUCGUCCGUGCGCGACGUCGCAAUGACGUUGUGGUUCAAAGAUGGCGAUCGUAUGCCUAUUUACACGGUGGAUUUCAGAAACGGGCCACCAGUCCAUUGGGCCGUGGCCGGUGACUUCGGCAGCCGAACCCACUUCGUGCUGAACGAGUCUGACCCAUCAUCGGCUCACCUCGCCGUCACCAAGACCGCGAGGCAGGACGAAGGCGUAUACCGAUGCAGGAUCGAUUAUGUCGACUCCCCGACUAGGAAUUAUCAAGUCAAUCUGACUGUGAUUGUCCCACCCGAAGCACCUCGGAUAUACGAUUCAGAUGGCAAAGAGAUAUUUGGCGCGAUGGCCGGGCCCUUCAGGGAAGGACAAGACUUGCUGCUUUCUUGUCAAGCAGCUGGUGGCAAGCCACCACCAGACGUCUCUUGGUACAGAGGGGACGAACAGCUGACUAUCACUAAAGAUGGUUCCGUAUGCCAACUGCAUCUGCAGAGGCUGUCGAGAGAAAUGGCCAAUGCGAGGCUGCAGUGCAGAGUGGAACCACCGUUACUCCAGCCUGUAGUUAGGGACGUUACUCUUAAGUUAUAUUUAAAGCCCCAGUUGGUCAGGUUGACCGGCAAGGGGGUCAUGAGGGCUGGCCAUGACAGGUCCUUUGUUUGCAUGACGCGAGGAUCAAAACCAGCGCCGAAUAUAGACUGGUUUAUCAACUCGCAGAAGGUUGACUCCACAUUGACUGAGAUCGAAGUCGAUGGAGAAGUCACCAAGAGCAUCAUGACCUGGCAUGUGCGACGGGAGAACAGUGGCCAGCAGCUGGUCUGCCGGGUCUCCAACCCUUGGUUUCCCGCGUACACCCUGGAGGACUCCAUGACCUUCGACGUUAUGUAUCCCCCAGUAGCCCAGAUAUCUCUAGUGGAGCCAUCAGAACCGCGUCUUCUACGAGAAGACGAGAACGCUGUACUGUUGUGCUCGGCUGAUGCAGUGCCUUCUGCUACAAACUUCACUUUCUUCAAGGGUGCUGAAGUCCACUUAAUAAGAGAUGACCCAGUCGCCGGAGUGUCAGUGGAGGGAAACAAGCUAAUGAUCAGAGGAUUGAGGAGACAUCACUCAGCGCUGUACAGAUGCCGAGCAAGAAACUCUGAGGGCAGUGCCUUAAGCGAGCCCUUGACUUUGAAUGUACUUUCUCGUCCAGAAUGUGCAUCAGGCAGUGUCAUCCAGCAGCUAGCUGGUGCCCCGGGGGGUGAGGUCAGAGCUAGGUGUUCCGUCACUGCACCAUCUUCUAGAGACGCUGGCCCUUUGAGGUUCUACUGGACAUAUAAUGGGACUAAAGAUGUCUUACCGAUCCCAGCUUCCAACGUGACAGUGACCGGUUCUAUCAGCACAGUCAUUCACGGUCUGCUACAGAGUGAGGAUGACGACCUGGGCUGGCUCGCGUGCUGGGCCAGCAACGACAUAGGCAACCAGCGGGAACCUUGCCUCUUCAGGAUUAUGCCUGCAGCUCUUCCCGAGGCACCUUCAAACUGUGAGCUGACCAAUGAAGUACUCCACUGCGAACCUGGCCACGAUGGUGGUUUAACCCAGAGGUUUCUGUUAGAAGCCAUAGAGGUACGGCCACGCGCCGAACAUAUAGAAGACAAUGAAAUUUCAACUAUGAAUGAUCAGGGUAUAACCGGCAAAGCCCAAUCAGAAGCAGUGUAUCGUGUAGUCAACGACCGACCUCAGUUUGCUCUGAACACGUUAUCAUCAGGGAGGUAUACCUUCUACGUGUACGCGGAGACUUCUAGAGGAAGAUCAGCUAAGCCUGCAGCGUUAUAUAGCGUGGACUUCAGAUCUGCGUACGAUUUAGAUGUGCCAGGUUCCCUCCAAACGAUGACUCCAGUACCUCCACCUCCUACUCCAAGUGACAACAGCGUGGCCUUAUUGACCGGAGCAGUAUUGUCUCUGAUAUUGCUGACGAUACUGACGACAUUAUGUGUAGCUCUGGUUGUGAUGUGCAAGAAGAAAAGGCCUAGACUAAAUGCUGAGCAGACUGCAAUAACGCGGAGAAACAUCGGUGUAUCCAUGUACGGAGGGUCAUCUUUAACAUCAAGCGUAGUCCCUACGGUCGUGGUGAGGGGACACCGAGGUUCUAGAGUGCUGGCUGCAAGGUGGUCAGGAGUGCUGGACGAAGCUCCGUUAGCUGUUCUUGCACUCGAUACCAGACCUCAUGAUGAUGUAGAAUCAAGUAACAGCGAGGCAGACCAAGAGACUGAACUGACGAGUCGCGUGCGACGCGUCGAUAGUAUUGAAACACAAACAGAUUCCUGAAUAUACAGAAAUAUUUCCUCUCUUUCUUUCUUUCUCCCUCUCUAUCUCUCUUAUGUGAACGUUUUUUGGGUCCUUUCUCAGCGUCAGAAUUUGGAGAUUUGCAUUUUCCUAUCUUUUCUUGUUCAUUUUGCGAAAUUUUCCGUAUUCUUAGGUAGAUAUCUAAACACAUUUAAUGCCAUGUAUUUAUAUGUAACUAUAAUUUUAAAUACUAUGAUAGAUUUAAACUGGGUUACUCCAGUUAACAUUGACGUUAACUUUUAAGCUGCGCGCCGCCGUUUUUUUUUUGAUUAAAGAAAACGUCAAAGUUGCAUUAAACUUUGACGUUUUCUUGCACCAUUGUGCAACACGCUGAUGACAAGAGUGUGACCUAUUGUAAAUUUGGGAUCACUAAAAUAUCGCGGAAAACUAUUUUCGUUUACCCCGAAAACAAUUAUUAUUUUUAUUAUUUAUCAUUACCAAUGUCAUUUAUUUUGAUAGCCUUUUAUUACUAUCAAAAUUCAGUGGAAAGAAAAUAAAAACAUUUUAAAUUCUUCAAUAAAUACUUUUUGUAAGAUUUCAAUUUUUUUUUUCAUGAGAAAGAAAAUUUUAAUUUAAGAAAAGUAUGGUCUAAAUUUUAGUCGUGUGGUGAAAAUGUAGCUUAGCAUGUAGUAGAUAUACCAUAUUUUCCAAAGAUAAUAGAUAAGGCGCACACAAUGUCACGUAAGAAUUAGUAGUGAUGUGUUAGUUCCAGUAUUACUAAGUGAUAAAAUUAUUAUAGUAACUUUUAAAUAAUUUAUAGGAUUUGUGUACACCUGUAGGUGUAUAGUGUUACAAAAUACUUAUAUACAUAAAUACGAAGUAGUAAAUUGGAUAGAUACUUGAUAGCAUUUAAUACAAAGUAAGUUUUAAGUUAGGGUGAAUUGCAACAGUCAACAAUGGCAUAUAAACAAUACUUUGCAUUUUUCUGCGUCGUAUUAAGUUCACGUCAAAGCUGACUGAUGCAACGCACUCUUAAUAUUUACACUUGUAAAUAGGGUGAUCGUAAGGAGGUUUUUAUAUUCGUUAUUGUGAAUGCCACUGUAUAGCUGAGCCGCACCCACUUGGCCUUGGCAGAAGGGGCAAAUCCAAAAAAUCCUGGCUUGAUGUCGCCAAGGUUAAUAUGCGUGACAAAAGUCUUAACAACUGGGGAUGCCGAUGACCGUGCGAAGUGGAGCUGACAAGCGGACACUGGGCUCCGACGCUCAACGGCUGAGGUAAUAAGCGAGAAAACGCUCUGAUGACGGAGAGAUGGUAACUUGCGAUUACUUUUGAGAAGUGUUGAUAUUAACUUGAAACUUCGCUUAUAGGAUAGAUUCUUAGUUAGACGGUAACAACAAGGUACUGGUUUCUUGCCACUUCGUAUGUAUAUAAGUAUUUUAUAACAUACUAUAGACAGGAUUACCUACAUACCUAUAAUUGUAUACGCUCUAAUAAUUUUCGUAUAAAGUAGUCAGUAUUACUACACUAGUAGUAAUACUGACUACUUUAUAGGUUUGGAAUGGUUUUUUUUAGCUUUGAGUAGAAAAGAAAACUUUGUAAAAAAUGUUAAUUAUAGAAUAGAUCAAUAAUUUACUUGUAAUCAUUCAAUACGGGUAUUACCAUUAUGACAGUAAUUUUAUAUUUUAACAUAUGUAGACAUAAUAUGUCUACAUCUACUAUUAAAAUAAAUCUCACCGAGUUAGCUUUGAAUAAGAACAAAUGAUUCAUGUGUGUUAUUUAAAAAAAAAAACAGAUUUGUUCUAGAGGUUCUGAAUAGUGUACAAAAUUUGAAAUAAGAACUUGUAAUUAAAUAUCCUCAUAAAGUUAGGUAGUUUAGUUUCAGUAUUAAAAAUGUAAGAAUAUUAAUUAUUUGACCACACACAUGGUAAAAUAUGUGGUCAAAUUUUUUUCCACGUAUGUCAUUAGUGUUAUUUACAAAUAUGAACCAAAGAGCAAUGCAAUGAUAUAAAACAAGUGUACAAUCGACUAUAAUCGAGUUUUUCUUUUUUUAUUUCUGUCAAAUAUCAUUGUACGAUUACAACGAAGUAUAUACGUUUUAGUAUUACAUCGUGUUCCAUAAAUAAACAUAUAAACUUA